CCCCGGCCCUGCCGCCCGCGCCGGGGCGGUCGCCCGCAGAGGAAGGCGCCGCAGUCUCUGGGCCUCGCCGCCCCGCUCGAGUGUCCUCGGCACCGAGGGCUCGCGGGUCCUGAGGGGAGGAGGCGAGCCAGGGGCCGGGCACUGAGCUCUUUGGCGCCCCCACCCCCGUUUUCGGAGCCCUCCACGCUGCGGCCACUGUCCCCUCCGGACCAUGGCCGACGACGACGUGCUGUUCGAGGAUGUGUACGAGCUGUGCGAGGUGAUCGGCAAGGGUCCCUUCAGUGUUGUACGACGAUGCAUCAACAGAGAAACUGGGCAACAAUUUGCUGUAAAAAUUGUUGAUGUAGCCAAGUUCACGUCAAGUCCAGGGUUAAGUACAGAAGGUAAGAGAUGGAUUUCAAAUCUAAAGCGGGAAGCCAGUAUCUGUCAUAUGCUGAAACAUCCCCACAUUGUAGAGUUAUUGGAGACAUAUAGCUCAGAUGGAAUGCUUUACAUGGUUUUUGAAUUUAUGGAUGGAGCGGAUCUGUGUUUUGAAAUCGUAAAACGAGCUGACGCUGGUUUUGUAUACAGUGAAGCUGUGGCCAGUCAUUACAUGAGACAGAUACUGGAAGCUCUACGCUAUUGUCAUGAUAACAACAUAAUUCACAGGGAUGUGAAGCCCCACUGUGUUCUCCUUGCCUCAAAGGAAAACUCUGCACCUGUUAAACUUGGGGGCUUUGGGGUAGCUAUUCAAUUAGGGGAGUCUGGACUUGUAGCUGGAGGACGCGUUGGAACACCUCAUUUUAUGGCCCCAGAAGUUGUCAAAAGAGAGCCUUAUGGAAAACCUGUAGAUGUCUGGGGUUGUGGCGUGAUCCUUUUUAUCCUGCUAAGCGGUUGUUUGCCUUUUUAUGGAACCAAGGAAAGAUUGUUUGAAGGCAUUAUUAAAGGAAAAUAUAAGAUGAAUCCAAGGCAGUGGAGCCAUAUCUCUGAAAGUGCCAAAGACCUAGUACGCCGCAUGCUGAUGCUGGAUCCUGCUGAAAGGAUCACUGUUUAUGAAGCACUGAAUCACCCAUGGCUUAAGGAGCGGGAUCGUUAUGCCUACAAGAUUCAUCUUCCAGAAACAGUAGAACAACUGAGGAAAUUUAAUGCAAGGAGGAAACUAAAGGGUGCAGUACUAGCAGCUGUGUCAAGUCACAAAUUCAACUCAUUCUAUGGGGAUCCCCCUGAAGAGUUGCCAGAUUUCUCUGAAGACCCUACCUCCUCAGGAGCAGUCUCACAGGUGCUGGACAGCCUGGAAGAAAUUCAUGCACUUACAGACUGCAGUGAAAAGGACUUAGAUUUCCUACACAGUGUUUUCCAGGAUCAGCAUCUUCACACACUACUAGAUCUAUAUGACAAAAUUAACACAAAAUCUUCACCACAAAUCAGGAAUCCUCCGAGUGAUGCAGUACAGAGAGCCAAAGAGGUAUUGGAAGAAAUUUCAUGUUACCCUGAGAAUAACGAUGCAAAGGAACUAAAGCGUAUUUUAACACAACCUCAUUUCAUGGCCUUACUUCAGACUCAUGAUGUAGUGGCACAUGAAGUUUACAGUGAUGAAGCAUUGAGGGUUACACCUCCUCCCACUUCUCCCUAUUUAAAUGGUGAUUCUCCAGAAAGCGCAAAUGGAGACAUGGAUAUGGAGAACGUGACCAGAGUUCGCCUGGUCCAGUUCCAAAAGAACACAGAUGAACCAAUGGGAAUCACUUUAAAAAUGAAUGAGCUAAAUCACUGUAUUGUUGCAAGAAUCAUGCAUGGGGGCAUGAUUCAUAGGCAAGGUACACUUCAUGUCGGAGAUGAAAUUCGAGAAAUCAAUGGCAUCAGUGUGGCUAACCAAACAGUGGAACAGCUGCAAAAAAUGCUUCGGGAAAUGCGGGGUAGUAUCACCUUCAAGAUCGUGCCAAGUUACCGCACUCAGUCGUCAUCCUGUGAGAGAGAUUCCCCCUCCACUUCCAGACAGUCCCCAGCUAAUGGUCAUAGCAGCACUAACAAUUCUGUUUCGGACUUGCCAUCAACUACCCAACCAAAAGGACGACAGAUCUAUGUAAGAGCACAAUUUGAAUAUGAUCCAGCCAAGGAUGACCUCAUCCCCUGCAAAGAAGCUGGCAUUCGAUUCAGAGUUGGUGACAUUAUCCAGAUUAUCAGUAAGGAUGAUCACAAUUGGUGGCAGGGUAAACUGGAAAACUCCAAAAAUGGAACUGCGGGUCUCAUUCCUUCUCCAGAACUUCAAGAAUGGCGAGUUGCUUGCAUUGCCAUGGAGAAGACCAAACAGGAGCAACAAGCCAGCUGUACUUGGUUUGGCAAGAAAAAGAAGCAGUACAAAGAUAAAUAUUUGGCGAAGCACAAUGCAGUGUUUGAUCAAUUAGAUCUUGUUACAUAUGAAGAAGUAGUAAAACUGACAGCAUUCAAAAGGAAAACACUAGUCUUAUUAGGUGCGCAUGGUGUUGGGAGAAGACACAUAAAAAACACCCUCAUCACAAAGCACCCAGACCGGUUUGCGUACCCUAUUCCACACACCACCAGACCUCCAAAGAAAGAUGAAGAAAAUGGAAAGAAUUAUUACUUUGUAUCUCAUGACCAAAUGAUGCAAGACAUCUCUAAUAACGAGUACCUGGAGUAUGGCAGCCACGAGGAUGCGAUGUACGGGACAAAACUGGAGACCAUCCGGAAGAUCCAUGAGCAAGGGCUGAUCGCAAUACUGGACGUGGAGCCUCAGGCACUGAAGGUCCUGAGAACUGCAGAGUUUGCUCCUUUUGUUGUUUUUAUUGCCGCACCAACUAUCACUCCAGGUUUGAAUGAGGCCUACUCAAGUCAGCAGCUGCCACGGAGAUGGUGCCCGCGAGGGUCGGCAGCACCAUCUAGAACCAGGCUGGCUUACACAGCCUUCUAUUGCUGGGCAGAUAAGAAGGUAGUUAUGGAGUGUCUGGAUGAAUCUCUUCAGCGUCUGCAGAAGGAGUCUGACAUCUUACAGAGAACAUAUGCACACUACUUCGAUCUCACAAUUAUCAACAAUGAAAUCGAUGAGACAAUCAGACAUCUGGAGGAAGCCGUGGAGCUCGUGUGCACAGCCCCGCAGUGGGUCCCGGUCUCCUGGGUCUAUUAGGCCUCUCCCCAGAUAUCUGCCGCAUAACUGGGAGCCACCUCAUACAUGGAAAAGCCUCUGUUAUCGGCCUUGUGUCAGCAGGUCGUGGUCCCUAGAGACUACCUAGUUGUAGUGUGACCUACAUUUAUAAUUAUUGUCAUGUCCGAAUAGAUAGGAGGAGAAAAACAAUUACACACUAAUUUAAAGAGACAGUAUCUUUUUUAAUCAGUUCUCCUAAACUUUAAUAAAAUGUAUCUUUAAAUGUAUGUAUUAUUCAAUCCUUUGGAAUGUUAUAUUUUUGGAAAUCAUAGCUUUUUAUUUCCAAGGCCCCUAAAAACUGCACAAAAUAGAUGCUGCUUUCUAUAAUCUAUUUUAAUAAUAAUAAACAAUGAUUCUGUUACCUUGA